GCCAGCCAUGCAGUGCAUACUGAGCUCUCAGACCCAGCACGACUAGCAGAAGCCACCUACAGCUGAGACUUUUCUCCCCGUUGCUGCACAGAGAUACCUCGAGACAAGAUGUGACUUCAGGUAAUUGCACAAAUCUCUUCCCAGUGCUCCAGCACUUUUAAAACACCCUCUCUGCAGUUCUUGUUACCUGUCUCUUGCUGCUUAGAUCGAGACGGUCACGCAUUUCACUCUCAGGAUCAAGCAAAGGCGCGUCACAGGCAUCCCUCUCCUGCAUGAACCGGACCCGCACCCCCCCGCUCCCGGAACCGCACCACUGUAGCCGGGCUGGUAGAGGGCAGUGCAUCUUUUCUCCACCUCCAAAGCGCUCUGCCCCGUCGGGAAGGGGAUGUAUUUUGCUUUUUGGGAAGCAUACCAAGGACAGCGACUCCCCCGAGCGCAGGAACCCCGCGGUCUGCACCCCCGCCACCCCGGCCCAGAGGCGCCACCGAGGGACGGCGGGGACGGCGAUCGGGUCAGACCGCUGUGUUCCCAGGUGAGCACUGUCACCUUGGGCUGGUUGUCACUCCACAGUAGUCCGAGACUGAGCACUGACCCUGCACAGCACUCACCGGUGUGGGAGGAGGGAAGGAGCAGCUGGUGGUACACUUCGCUGUCAGUGAUCUCCCUUUGCCUCCAUCAGAUUGACAGCGGGCAGCAUAUGUGACUUUUGUGGUUGGAUGUGCCAGAGGAGACAGCCUUGAGAGGAGUAGGGGUCUCGCCCUUUUUCCUCCCCCUUCCAAGUCAUCCUCAUCACCAGUGAGCCUGGCCACCAUCUCCAGUAGUCAUGGAGAACUCCUUCCCUGAGACCAAUUCCUUGUGUGCAGACUGCACGGGGAGAGGGCAUGGGGGUCUGAAUAUAUCUGCUCCUCCACUUAGCCCCAGGUUCUACAUCACAGUGCCUGUCAUCUACUCAGUCAUCUGUGCCGUGGGGCUGACAGGCAACACUGCUGCCAUCUUUGUAAUCCUCAAGGCGCCAAAGAUGAAAACGGUAACCAACAUCUUCAUCCUCAACCUGGCCACUGCUGAAGAGUUCUUUAUCUUGGUGCUACCCAUCAACAUUGCUGACUACCUGCUCCUGCAGUGACCCUUUGGAGACUUCAUGUGCAAGCUCAUCAUCUCUAUAGACCAAUAUAACACUUUCUCCAGCAUCUACUUCCUCACUGUCACGAGCUUUGACCGCUACCUUGUUGUGGUGGCCACCACCAGGUCCAGGAAGUUGUCCUACCGCACCUAGUGAGCAGCCAAGAUUGUGAACCUUUGUGUCUGGUCCAUCGUCACAGUCAUCAUCCUGCCCUUCACUGUCUUUGCUAAGAUACACAAGGAGCGGGAGUGCUCCCAGUGUGUCUUUGUGUUCCCCUGUCCUGAGAGUGUGUGGUGGAAAGCCAGUCAGAUCUACACCUUUAUUUUAGGCUUUGUCAUCCCAGUGUCCACCACCUGCACCCUCUACACCACCGUUUUGUUCAGACUAAGACAUAUGCAACUCAAUUGCAAUGUGAAAGCCCUGGCCAAAGCAAAAAAAAAGGUGACACUGAUGGUACUUGCCAUCCUGGCUGUGUGCCUGUUCUGUUGGACAUCCUAUCACCUUAGCACCUUAGUGGUGGCCCUCAUCACAGACAUCCCACAACCUCCAGUCAUCAUUUGGAUUUCCUACUUCAUCACCAGCCUAAGUUAUGCCAAUAUCUGCUUCAACCCUCUCCUGUAUGCCUUCCUGGAUGAGAGGAGCUUUCACAAACUGAUAGAUCGCAGAACCACCUCAUGAAGCCAACCCUCUGUCCCCUUGUCUGUACCUGUCACAGUUACCUGCUUUUCCUGGGUGAUUCCAGCCCAGAGAGUGCAGAGAGUGUUUUCUCUCCAGUCUCCUUUUGCUUGUCUGCAAGUUUUCAGGUUAUCUCACUACCCAAGACAUGAACUGGGGACAAGUGUACCUUUCUCAACUGCCCUGUACUCAUUUCUGUAGCAUAGCUUGCCUUGUUAUCUUUUUCUUUUUCUUUUU